ACUCAACAUUAAGAGCAUAUUUUGCAUUUGAAACGAACCCGUUUCGAAGCAGUCUGCUUGUAAAUGCCACUCUUUUAUACAGUAAAUGGUCAGCUCCUGUGUACUGUGUACUAAUACAUAAUACUAUUUUUUCUUUUUCUAACCUGUCCUUUCCAUCAAUUGGGGAAAACAAUAAGAGGUCUGAUAUUUAUUUUUUAUUACUGUUAUUAACAACGCUAAUGUUAACAAGAAUAGGGACAGUGGUGACUUCAUCUGAGUCAACCAAUAAUAUUAACUACUAUUUAUUAAUAACAGACAAUAAAACCACCUGACCUAAUUUCAUUAGGAGACAAUUCUGCGAGCGAUGCAGUUCCUUUUAAGUGGCUUUUUGUUUUCUUAAGCUGUUUUUUUUUUGCCCAGUCAAGAAUCUGUCAGAUACCAGAGAACAGGUUGUGACAUCAGUAAACACUCUGAUGUUCAUUUCAGAGUCCAUAGAAAAGAGAUUUGCAGAAUUACAGAUUUUCCAAAGCACUUCUCCUGGCCUUUUGACUGUCUAAUUCACAGGCUCCCGUCUCUGCUCUUAGUGCUGACGUAGAAAAUCCUCAUUUAUUCAUUUUCUACCAUGUUAUCUUUUUCAGGGUCAGAGUGGAGGCUGGAGCCAAUCCCUGCAGUCAUUGGCUGAGGGUGGACAGUAUUUGCAGUCCGUCAUCUAUAAAGAGACACAUAUUGUCACUUACAAUCACACUGGUGGUCAGUUUACAGUAUUAUUAAUCUGAUCCAGUGUGUUUUGAUAUCAGUAAAUAUGUGUAGCUAAGGAAAUAAUUUCCACACUCCAGAUUUAAAGAGAUUAAGCCGGUUGUUGUGAAGCAGGAGCAUUAACCACUUCCUCCACUGUGAAAAAUAUGUAUGUUUAUGAGUGGGAAAAAUGUAUUUAAACAUUAGCCAUUUAAUAGAAAAUAUGUACAAUAGUACAUAAAAUUAGUACCUGUUGCAGAGAUUCUGCCUCUGUGAUUUACUUUUCGAGUCAAACAGGAAGAAGCAUAUUAAAAAGGAGUGAUUGCCUCAGCUGACCAAUGUUUUUGACAGUGUAACUUCCUGCAAUUGGAGUAGGUUGGGAGUCAUUCAUGCUGCGACUGUUUUCAUUAACUGCGAGUAAAAAUAAUACCAAUGUUGAACUUCAAAAAGGUUUUACUGACGUUAGUAGUAAUUUAUUCAUAAUUGUUUCUUUUUCUUUAGCUGGUCUGUUGAAGUGCUAUAAACGGCUCCAAUACCAGAUGUCUGGAAAAACAGGAAGACAAAACGGGCCGCAUCUUCCUGUUUUUCAUAACCUAAAACAGUCCUACCAAUUUGCCAGCAGAGGGCAAUGUAGAGUCAGUUUGUCUGUCAGGAGGGAGACAAUGACGUGCACUGACCAACGGCCCGUGAAGCUGCAGCCAACCCCACUGCAUUUUGGGUCACACGUGGAGUCAAAGCUGUACAGGGUCCCAGGAGGAAGACCAGCAAAUACUGCGUUUUGCCUCGCCUCCUCUGAUCUGUUCUGACAAAUCCAUCAAUGACAACUACAAAGCAGAAGAGCGGCUAUCAAGUUUGUGCUGUGCGACCUGUGACCUGUGUCUUCAGUGUGGUGUCACCCAGCUCCACGUCCACGCCCUGAGCCUCCACCGGUUGACGUCAUCACUUGACUGGUCACGUCAGGUGUCAGGAUAAAGAAAUGGAUCAGGGAGGACGGGAGCGCAACAGUAAUCGAGACGACAGCCUGACAUUUGGGGAGGUGGGAGUCCGACUAAGUAGCAACGCUGGUGACACAACAAGUUCACUACUCCUUUCUACAAUGCACCUGCCUGGCCCUGGGUCCUUGCCACAUCUCACAGUUCCCCCAAAUGCUGAAAGGAAAGAGCAAGGAGAGUAUGGAGCCAUCUUUAAGUCUCCUCAUCCACAGUGUGAAGGGCCACACAUGAAGGAGGGCAAAAUUGUCAGAAUGGAGAAACAACAGCAGCAGCAGGAUGUUGGUAUGUUCAACAUUAAGGGCAGUGAGCCAUUUUUGAACCCAAAUUUUUCUGAUCCUGAUCAGACGUCAACCUGUGUAAUCAACACAUCAGUCUCCUCUGUCCACGGAAGCCUCCCCAUAUCUGAUCUUUUCCCACAGCAAAUUAAACAGGAGGAACCUUUUUCUCUGGAACGUGAUUUAGGAAAUUGUAGUGGACUCACAGCCAGUGGCCCAUGUCUUUUGGACAACAGCACUCGACUCAUUGAGGAAACUGACAUUUGGCAAGCCCUCGACCUUCCGAGUUCAUUGCCAGAAAUCAGUGGUUUAGAGUUGGAUUCGGAAAUGGAACACUUACAAAACAUACUGCAUCAUGGCGAUGUCGGUGGUCCUGACAGCAGCUUGCUGAAGGAACCCAAAAUGGGUAACAGGGGGAACUGCACCAGCUUGAAUGGUGCAGACCAGCAGCACCCCAUGCACCAUACUCAACACCUGCAAUCUGGCCACUUACUGCAGCACCAGCAACAUCCACAUCACCAGAGUUCAUUACUUCUGUCUACAGUUAUGGUCAAAGAGGAAGAGAAAGAUCAGGACGACUUCAUCCAAAUCCAAACCCCAGGUGUAGUAAAACUGGAAAAGAAGGGCAGCAGUGGAUUGUGUCAGUCACAGUGUCUUCUAAGCAGUAUGAACCCUCUACAAACCGGAGGCCCUUUGACACCAACCAUGAGUAUGGGUGUUGGACAUGGCUACCAGUAUAAAGCAAACCAGCCCUCCUCGUUGGACCUUCCUGACCCUUAUGGCAUGUAUCCAAACUUACCUCAAAUGGAAGAGAGCUGGUCCAGAGUGAACAAGUUUGGGGAGCCAUCUGGGCUACAAAGGGCCAAUGACGGGCUCUCCUCAGCUUUUAUUGUCAGCUUUCCCAGCCCCUCUACAAGAACAGGAGAGGGCAGCAGCUCUGCAGUGCCAGGACCAUCUAAGCUCAGUGGGCCGACUCACAAGAUCUGUCUGGUUUGUUCAGAUGAAGCUUCUGGAUGUCACUAUGGGGUUGUGACCUGUGGAAGCUGCAAGGUUUUCUUCAAGAGAGCAGUGGAAGGUCAGCACAAUUACCUCUGUGCGGGGAGAAAUGACUGCAUCAUUGAUAAGAUCCGCAGGAAGAAUUGUCCAGCCUGCCGUUUCAGGAAGUGUCUCGAAGCUGGAAUGAACUUGGACGCGAGGAAAAAUAAGAGACCACGCCCGAAAAUCAUCCCCAAGAUGCCUCCGCUCAUACCACCCAUGCUGUCUGUGCUCAAAGCCAUCGAGCCAGAAAUCAUCUACUCCGGCUACGACGGCACCAUGCCUGACACCUCGUCACGCCUCAUGUCCACACUCAACAGGUUGGGUGGGCAGCAGGUCAUUUCUGCGGUCAAGUGGGCCAAGUCACUACCAGGCUUCCGCAACCUGCAUUUGGACGACCAGAUGACACUGCUGCAGUGCUCCUGGCUCUUUCUGAUGUCCUUCAGUCUUGGAUGGCGGUCAUAUGAGCAGUGUAACGGCAGCAUGCUGUGCUUCGCCCCAGACCUGGUCAUCAACAAGGAGCGUAUGAAGCUGCCCUUCAUGAGCGACCAAUGCGAGCAAAUGCUGAAAAUCUGCAAUGAGUUUGUCAGGCUGCAAGUGUCCUACGACGAGUAUCUGUGCAUGAAGGUCCUGCUGCUGCUCAGUACAGUCCCCAAAGACGGCCUAAAGAGUCAGGGCGUGUUCGAUGAGAUCAGGAUGGCCUACAUCAAGGAGCUGGGAAAAGCCAUCGUCAAGAGAGAGGAGAACGCUAGUCAAAACUGGCAACGCUUCUACCAGCUGACUAAGCUACUGGACUCCAUGCAGGAGAUGGUAGAGGGCCUUCUCCAGAUCUGUUUCUACACCUUUGUGAAUAAAACCCUGAGCGUGGAAUUCCCAGAGAUGUUGGCGGAGAUCAUCACCAACCAGAUACCAAAAUUCAAGGACGGGAGCAUCAAGCCUCUUCUGUUUCACCAGAAAUGACUGCCUUAAUUAAACUGUGAAGCAAUGACUUAAAUCCUCCUCCAAGAGCACAAUAUCUGUAGCCUUGCGCCUCUUCAUCCACUCUCAGAUUUGGCCACACUACACUGGGAGACCAGAACAGUUUUUGUCAAUCGCUCUGGCUAACCAAGAAGAAUUUGGCCUCCAGAUGAAAGUGGUCAGACUAAAUUUUAGCAAUUUAAAUUUUUUUUUUUUUUUUUUUUAAUCUUGACUCCCCUUCUGCCUUUCCUGCCGCAUUUGUUUGACUGCUUUUAAACUGACGAGAAACUGCCUUUUCCUCCUUCAACAAACCUACUGUCCAGCAGCCUGUCCACACUAGACCAGACUAGAGUAUACUCUUCUCUUCUGCUCACCUGUCCAACAUGUUUGUUUGUUCUUCUGAGCUCCAGCGUGGGUGGUGUGGAGAAUGUGAUGACUGAGGGAUCGCUCACUGUUUGAUAACGGAGGGGGGAAAAAAACCCAACAAAAGUACAGAGAGAAGUUAUUAGGUGACACAUUUUUAUUUCAUUCGAACGUCAUCUCCUCCCACAAGAACAGUGAGAUUGAAGUGUUUUCAGUCGGUCAGCUGACACAUGUUCUCACCACACACACUCACAGACGAGCGUUCACACUGUUAAAUGUUUACACAGGAUGCGUCUGAGAAGGGAAAACCAGUGCCUUUUAGCUUUUUAAGCUCCGCACAGCCAUUCAGCCAUUUCCAUUGCAUAGGAAUGUAACUUCUUAAACACACAUCACGUCUGUAUAUUUUAUAUGCUGGUACUGUUUUUUUUUUGUUUUUGUUUUUUUCAUUUUUGUUGGUUUUCUUUUUUUCGGCAGCUUUUUACUCAACCAUCACCAAGACAUACACGAGGAAUUUACAUAUAGGGUUAAUUGCAGCUCUGAUAAUCUCGAGUUUUACAUUUUGAGUGUGUGUGAGAAUCUGAAGUUAAUCGGAAUGUGACUGGUGAGCGACACCGCUGUCGUCAGUACUGAGGAUAUAAUAACAAAUAUUGUUUUUUAAUAUAUAUAUAUAUAUAUACAUAUAUAUAUAUACACACACAUUUAAAAUGGUUUCCCUUAUAAAUAUCUGCCACCAGCUUUGAGCUACAGGUGAUCCACUGGAGAGGAAAGGAGUCGUAGCUGAUGCUCGCGUGUUACGUAGGUACAGACAGACUUUUCAGCUGUGGGCUGUUCACAGAACUUUUUUUUUGCUUUUUGUUCAAAUGCAUUUGCUAAAGAGAAACAUUUUAUAUACAGUGCUGGUGUGUCUGUGUGCAGGGAACUUAUAGAUGGAAUGCAAAUGUUCCUUUCACUGCCAGCUGCUUUGCUACAGUGUGUUCAGUGUGGUGUCGGGAUAUGUGGAAAUCCUAUUCAAAUAUUUCUCAGUUGCAGCCAAAAUACGGGGAUCAAACUCCUAAUUUAAUGCUCAAGAAAGUCUUUGCUGCAUCGCCUGGGACUGGUGAUGAUCAUAGGAGUAUUGUAAUUUACUGCACUCCUCUGAAAACACCUUGUACUCUGAAAGUUUCCCUUUAAUCAGCUUCAUCUUGGAGUUUUUGAACAAACAGGAAGUGGAGUUGUUAUGAAACUGUGGCUCUUACAAUGGCCAGAGGAAGCCUCUCUUCACAUAAAAGGAGUUCACCUCUACAGAUGAUAUAUUUUUUGGAGAAAUAAAAAAAAAGAGUAGUUUUGUCCAAAAUAGUUUGUAAAUGAACGCUCAGGAUGGGAGUUACUACGUCACAUGUAUGUAUUUUCUACUCUAGUGCCAAAUGUCGUGUGUAAUGUUCCUGGAGAGUUUGACAGAGUGAUAUUAAUAUUCAGUGAUCAUGUGAUAUUCUUUGGUUCUUGAGACUUAGGGUGCUCAUUCAUGGAACAGUGCAGUGUCACACCUACAGUACACCAGCUUCGAUAGUGCAGAAGUGUGAUGCACAACAAUGUCGUAUACGUUUUUUAAAAAGGAAAAAAUAAUAAGAAAGAGUGCUUUGUUGUCGUCAGUUAGGGGCUGAUCAGCAUUUUUUGGUGCUUUUGGUUUGUGAAAAUUAAAAGUUUCAGCCACAGUUAGAACACCGCUGCAGGCACUACCGACGGGGCCCGAGCAUCUCCUCCUUAACAAAGUCAGCGCUCGAUCAGGACACGUAUCAGUCCUCGCGCAGCUUCGCUAGAACACAGCUGUGAACGUUGAGGUCAGGAUGAUCUCAAAGGACAGAACUUCCUCUUAAACAGGAAGCGGCAUGAAUCAAAAAGGUGAUUUCAUCUCUGGCCUGUGAGCAAUGCAUGUUAGUUACAUUUCCUGUGUUAAUGAAAAAAUAUCAGAGAGGAGAUGAGAACCUGACACGUCAGCAGAAAUCUGUAAAAAUGAUAGAAAAGUCUUAAGACGACUAAAGUCCUUGGGGAAAUUUUUUUUAUGUCGAUUAAAAUGCCAACAGUGCUCCGCAGUUUUUAAAAGUAAUAUUUUGUAUAGAGUAAGUAAUAAGUAAGUAAUAUAUUUUAAAAAAAUCAAACUAAUUUAACCUGUUCACAACCUGCAUAUUUCCUACAACUAACGGCGCAAACGUUCAAUUCAAAUUCAAGUGGGUUUUUUAUUUUUUUAUUUGAGUUUAAUUUCUCCUUUACUGAGGGUCUUAAAACCUGAACCUGACGGUUUUAGAAAUUCUAACAUGUCUUAGAGUUUUCUGACAAUGUAUUUAUUUUGUAUUUCGCCUCCAACGUAUUUGGCAUAAGUUCAUAUUGAUUUCCAAUGUGUAUUUUGGAAUAUACAUUUGAUCAUUUAUCUAUUUUGGGAAGACUGGGAAUUCCUUCUGACUUCAGAAAUGUUUUUUAGAUUAGGACUGUAUUGACUGGAUACAUUGUCUCCCCCAGUACAAUUGGCAUUUUGAACACAUUUUGAAGAGAUGUAAAAUUUCAUACAGCAACAUCACUAACACUAUUUUUUGUCCGAUGCACACAAAAAAAACGGUCCAUUUCCCCAAAACUACGGUGUGUUGUGUUUAAUCUGGAAAUUACUUUGGUAGUAAUACACGCAGGUGCUCGGACCUUGACACCUGAACAGUGCUGCAGUUGUUCUAUAAAGCUAAUACCUGUCAUCACUAUGACUCAAGGAGACGUUUUUCCAUUUUCCUUCAUGAUUUUCAUGAUAACCCGGCCUCUUUGCCCGAAGCAUGGACUAUAUAGAUUUUCAGCUGUUCGUCUGAGUGGUUCUCCUCCUCCCUCCUCCUCCUGCUCCUCCUGCAGCACACAAGUCUGAAGGGCAGUUAACGAACUUAACUAACAUGUUGUCAUAGAGACUGACCAUUUGCGCGUUACUUACAGUUAGCAGCACCACAGGCUGCGGAUACAUUGGAACCACCAUUCAUUAGGAAGCCAUCAUGUUAUCAAUCAGCCAAAGGAUAUGUCUAUCGCUCCGGGCUCGUUUUCCUGCACAGUCGGGGUUUGAAGCUCCGUAUCGUGGCCUUAGGCUUUAGAGAGCACUGGUUCCAUGUCUUUGUUGAUAAUUCCAGGGAAGAUUGUGAACAGAGUACUGUCUAAAGUGUGAUGCAUACAGUAUUACAAUCGUCGUCACGUCACGUGGCGCUUGGCAAAAACCAGCUUUAACACGUCAAUGUAUUUAAAAAAAAAAAUCCCUGCUUAUUUCCUAAGGGCCAUAGAUGUACAGUAUAUCCAGUGUGUGUUAAUAUUACUAUGGAAAUAUUUUUACAUAGACGUAAACUCUAUAUUCCUAUACACCUUUUUUUUUCUUUUUCCUCAGCUUCACUUUGUGUUUCGAGGCCUUGUGAAAGGGAGAGGGCGAGCCAUAGAAAUAAGAUUACAAGUCAGGAAGCGGAGCAAACGUAUGUCCAUGCUUGUGGAAGUUAAUGUGCUGUGAAUGAGAAAAAGAAAAGAAAAAAAAUCUGCAUUUUUGAAUACAUCCGCUCGAUCCUCUUUAUUAUAGUUUGACUCUGUCCUUUUUGUACAUUGAAUGAGCGGAGAAGGUGAAUAUUUUUUUCCCUUUCGUCGGUCUGUGUCUGAUAAAGAUAGUCGUGUUGAAUACUUUAGGAAGUGUUGAAACAUUUUCGUCUCGUGAAGUCAACGUAUUUUUUUUUUCUGUUAAUUCGACCGGGGGAAGGUCUCACUGUGUUUUAAAAGGUUUUAAAGGCAACACGUAAGGAAAGUGGUGUAGAGUGAUAGAGUGACCAAAGCAGAAAAGACUAAAAGAUUUAACAAACAAAGAGAAAGUAUUCAAGUACUUAUGUUUUAAGUAGCACUUACCUGCUUGUACUUCUUUAUAUCCGGCUGGUAACUUUUGUAAAGGUCAAGGCUUUGGAUCUCAUGUAUAUUGCUGUGAGGAUUUACUGGUCACUUUAAUAUAGGUUAAAAAAAAAAAAAGACAAGAAAAAAAAAAUCCGUGUGAAAAUAAAUCUGCCAGAGCGUGAUGGUAUUGCACUAAGCUCCUACUGAUUGAUAAAAAAGGCUAUUUUGUAUAAAACACAUGCAAAUAUUAUCUUUAAAGAUUAAGGGCAGAUCUCGUCUCACUGUUUAAAAAAAAUGGCGAUGGCUUUUAAUUGAAGUCUGUUCUGUUUGUAUUUCAGUUAUAUAAAUGUAAUCCAAUAUACAAGGAAAAAAAAGACGAAAAUAUGAGAUAUUUGUUUUAAAAAGAAACAAUGGUUUGUAUGACUUCUGUAUUACACCUCUUCUGUAGUCAGUGUCCAUAUUUUCACCUAUUAAUUAAAUGUCAACUUAAGUUAUCCGUGUUGUUCUUUGACAUUGAAUUCGGGACGACGUCGCUAACAUCUCGAUGUUUUUCGCCAUCCCUGGUCACAGAGUGGGAAUCUGGAAGAAACCUGUUUGUCCUUGAUUCAAACACACAACACAAUAAAGUUUUCUGUUUUCCA